ACUUGGGGCUCGGGCUGCUAGCCUGGCCUUGCGACUCCUUCUUUUAGGAGCCGUUUGGAGGCCUCGUGGACCUCCAAAAGCCAGACGAGUUCCAGAGAAUGGCUCCUGGACAGGACCAGGAGCUGGGGCAGAAGCAAGGGUUGACUCCAAACGGACCACACCGAUGCGUGUGGUGUCAUAAAGGGAAUUGGGAGGCAGAAAGCUAGCAUGUCUGAGGCUAGCAGGCAGGGGAUAACACACCGAGAGGAACUCCAAAAUCCAGCCAGGGAGUUGAGCCAUGCAGUUCCUGACAUGUCUAUCCACGGCUGCCUGUCGUCAGUGCACUGCUCUCUGGACCUAGAGCACUACCAGCUGAUCCGAGGCCUGCUGGAGAACAACCUGGGAGAGCCUUUCGAGGAUUUCCUGCGGCCCUACAACUUACAGGACCCCAGCAGCUAUACGGUGUUAAGUGGAGAUGUCUAUACCAGCAUGUCUUUCCUGGUUGACAUGAUGGAUGUCAGUUUGGAGCUCUUGGACAGCCCAACACACACAGAAGAUAAACGCUCAUUAGCAAGGUUUGACUUCAUGAAAUCGAAGCUACUCUUUGAGAGUUUCUCCAAUGGAUCCAAGUCUGUUAACCUGGUGUCUCACUCACUGCUGGCAUAUGACACUCGCUGUAAAGGGCCCAACAAAAGCCCAGGGCGGGCCGCAGGGGGACGGCACAAUGUGUUUGACUGCAUCCUCCAGCCCUCCAAAACCGGCACCAACCGGGCCACACUGCAGCUGGAGCUGCAUUACAG